UGACUCAGUGUUUGCUUGCCUUCCACGUUGAACGUUUGGGCCAAAGUAUAGCGACGAGUUAAGUUCCGAACGCACAUGGCGCGACAUCGACUACGACGAAGAUAAAUUUUAUCACAUUCCACGUUGUCGUAUCGUCGUACAUCUAAAGAUACUUAGAUACUUUUUGUUUUUUUUUUUAUUUUAUAAACGAUCGCUGAUUCUUGUUCGACAGUCAGUCAGCAGUGAACCGCGGAUAGAAAAGCAUUUCAAGAUCAUACAAAGACACGAUUCUCAUUUGAAAUUGAAUUUAUUUUAUUGUUCAACAAAUACACUUUGUUGCUGUGACUUUUGUGAACGUCGUAUAUAGUCGUAUUGUAUAUUGCGUGAUGUGCUCAUAGAAUAAAAAAAAAAUGAUUGCAACUUAAAUUAACGCAUAAAAUAAUAAAUUGUGUCAGCAGACUGGUGGCUCACUUUUGUUUGUCCAGGGUUAAUUAAAUUGAAAUAAAAUACUGCAAUUUUAAUAAAGAAAUUUGUUAAAAUAAAUUACUGAUAAUACAGAAAAAAAUCUAGUGAACAAAAAAUUGUCACUGUGAAAAGUGCAUAUAAUGGGUUUAACAAUGCAAACAUCGAGAGGAUUUCUACUGGCUGCAGCUUUCGUCACGGUUGCAUCGUGCAUGGCAGUGGUAACAAGCGCCGAGGAAUGUGGCCAAGAGGAAUUCACAAAGUGCUCAGAGCCCCUAGACAUGCUUCAUCUAACGUCUGAGUUUUCAAUUGGGGCCUCCAAAAAGGAAGAACUAGACAAACUUUGCCAGGAACUGCGUAAAGGUGUCCGUUGUAUACAAAGCUAUACAAGAAGGUGCAUGGAUCUGCAGCAGAGGAAUCAAUUUAAUAAAUUAUACCAUGGCACUAAUCAAUUCAUUCGGGAUUUAUGCAAUAAAGGCGAAUUCCAGGACGAGUAUCUUAAGCAUGCACCAUGCUCAGAAAUGGCCAAGAAGGAAUUUGAGGUGUGCUCUUCUAAAUACAAAGAGACAAUGGUCUUUAUGAAGCCCAAUAAGAAUCAAGAAAAUCAUGAGAAUAUAACUCUCAAUGAGAAUAUUAAAACGAUAUGCUGUUCCAUAAAUGAACUUGUCGAUUGCUCAGAGGAUGCAGCAAGAAAAGUCUGUGGUAAUGAAGCAGCAAAAUUCACUAGAGAACUUGUAGACAAGUAUGCGAAUAGUUUGACAAAGCUCUAUUGUGAAGAAUACACACGACAUCCGGGUGCAUGUAGAGAUGGAGAGCCUGGAGCUGGUCAUCGACUCCAACCGCAAUCAUUGAUAGGACUCAUAAUAGCAGUUGCAAUAGCACUCACAUAUCACCACAGAAGAUAGAUUUUACCAUGGUAAAUCAGCAAACAAACAAAAAGUAGCAAUGUUGACAUUGCUGUGUUAAUUCAGCCAGCCACUCAAAAACGCACCCCUUAAAAUGAAAUCACAAUCCCCGAU